UCUCUAUUUUAGAUCUAGAGAUUGAACAUGAACAUCUGAGGACAAUAAAUUAUCUCCAUAACAAACUCAUAAACUGAACAAGCAUGGCUUUGCAUUCAAAUUUCAUCCUGAGACUUUUCUUUCUCCUUCUUCACAUUAAUCUCUCUCUGACGUAUUCAUUGAAAAACUGUUCAAUACUUUAUGAGGACAACCCGUCCGCUGGCGUUUCUGUGGACUGUGUGAACAGGAACCUUAUUUCCAUCCCUGACGACAUUCCCAAAGAGGCCGUUUCUAUUGAGCUCAGGCGCAACAACAUUCAGUCAAUUAAAGAUGAUUUUCAUGGCAUGUCGAGGCUGAGAUAUCUGGGACUGAGGAAAAAUAGCAUCACUUCUGUGGAUGAUGGAUGUUUCAAUGAUUUGGUUUCAUUGGAAACACUUAUGAUGAGAAACAACAACCUCUACACCCUGACUGCAAACAUGUUCCAGGGUCUGUCUAAUCUCACCACGCUUGAUUUAAGCUAUAAUGGUAUUUGUUUCAUUCAUGGCUCUGCUUUUCGGUUCCUGACUAGCUUAAAAGUUUUGAACUUGGAUUAUAAUGUGCUAAAAAACACUGCUGACAUUCAGCCCAUCUUUCAGCUCCCACAGAUACAGAAGCUCAGCCUCAGAUGUAACGAUCUGUUGUCCUUUGAGAGCAAAAACUUCCUGCUGAACAAAUCCUCAAGUUUACAGCAGCUGUUUGUUUCUGGUGACUCCCUGAGAAAGUUCAGCAUCACAUCACCCAUCUUCCCUUACCUUCAGGUGGUAGAACUUUCAACAUGUUCACAAGUAACCAAACUAAAAUGGGACAUAUCUGACAAAACGUUACUAGAGAACAUAACUCAGUUUUAUGUUGAGGAGAACGUACUUUCCUUUAAAGGGGUCCAAAACGUCAUGCAGAAUCUCAUCUCACUGAGACAUUUUAAAGUAAAUAUGGUGCUCAGUUGGCUAAAGAGAGGACUGUUAACUACUGUCUGCAAAAUUCAAUCACUGAGGAGGCUGGAUUUGUUCUACAACAAUAUGAAAAACGUGACUUCGAAACUUGCACCUUGCUCUCAGCUCACAGAGCUUUACCUCCAGGUAACUAAUUUAAAUGAACUGACAAAUGGCUCAAUACAAUCGAUGAAGAUGCUGCAGGUCCUAAAUAUGAGUGACAACAAGCUCACCAGAGUUUCUUACGACAUUAGGAGACUCGCCUUCCUUAAGAUCUUGCACUUGGAUAACAAUUUUAUCUCAAAGUUGGACUGUGAGGAUUUUGAGAACACAACUCAUCUCGUGGAGCUUAAUCUGAACACAAACCAGAUUCCAAGUCUGGAGAAAUGCGUUUUAGAGCAUCUUACUGAGCUAAAGCAUUUAGAUCUGGGUUACAAUAAACUGGGAGUUUUUGGAGACACAUUUAAAGUUGCCCUGCAUAAGCUCGAAUUCUUGGACAUGAGUGAAAAUGAUAUAAAAGAAAAAAUAUCUUCAAAUACUUUUGAGGGUUUACAGUCCCUAAGACAUUUAAAUAUGGCAAGUGAUGAUAUAAUAAUGAUUGAAACAUUUCCAGAAUUCAGAAACUUGGUGGACCUAAAUGUCUCAUUCCCAUCUGGGUAUAAACCUGAACUUCAAGGAUUGCAGCGCUUGGAAAAUCUUACCGUUUACUUUGGAAAAGGUUUUACUUUUAAAAAUACAUAUCAAAACAAACAUGGUGGCUUAAAUGAUUUAAAGUUGUUAAAAUCUCUCACAGUGAUCUGCUGCAAAGACUUCCCCUGUCAUAAGAACCUAAAGGAAAUGCUUCAAGCCAUGGGACAUCUUGAAGCAUUCGAAGCUGUGGAUGUGUUUGAGGUAGCUCCCGAUGUAGAUACAUUUCAGUUCAACCCCCAUCUCAGCAGCCUGACAUUAACAAACACUGACAUGUCCGAUGUAAAACCUGAACUGUUUCGACCAAUCCCAAACCUGCAGAGACUGGAUCUAACCAACUCAAUGCUGAGAUCUAUGGACUUUUUGCUGCAGGCCAACCUUUCUGCUCUCAAAUAUCUGAAACUGACAGACAAUAAAAUUAUUAUGAUCAAUGAGGCUGUUUGGGAAGCUCUCCCAUCUCUAACAUACUUAGACCUGAGCUACAACCUGUUCACCUGUGAAUGCUCAAAUGCAGGUUUCAUCCAGUGGGUGAAGGCCAACAAGCAGACACAAGUGGUAGACGCUUUUCAAUAUCAAUGUUCCUUUCCGGUCAGCAAAGAAGGAACCUUGCUAUUAGAUUUCCAUAUACAGUCCUGCUUUAACAAUGCCAGCUUUCUCUGCUUUAUUUCCACCACUUGUUUAGUCGUUCUAACUCUCCUCACAUCCUUGGUUUACCACUUCCUAAGGCAGCAUCUAGUCUAUGCAUUCCACCUCUUCCUGGCCUUUCUCUACGACACCAAACGGAAGAAGAAGAAUGAUGGUCAUCAGUUUGAUGCCUUUGUGUCGUAUAACGUCCAUGAUGAGGACUGGGUUUACAGAGAGAUGAUUCCAGUGUUGGAGGGACAGCAGGGCUGGAGACUCUGCCUGCACCACAGAGACUUCCAACCAGGUAAACCCAUCAUAGAGAACAUCACUGAUGCCAUUUACUGCAGCAGGAAAACCAUCUGUGUGAUCAGCCGCAGCUACCUGCAGAGCGAAUGGUGCUCAAACGAGUUUCAAAUGGCCAGCUUUCGCCUGUUUGAUGAGAAGAAAGAUGUUCUGAUUCUGCUGUUUCUGGAGGAGAUUCCUGCUCAUCAUCUGUCUCCGUAUUACCUGAUGAGGAAGGUGGUGAAGAAACGCACCUACCUGAGCUGGCCUCAAGCUGCACAACAUCCGGGAGUUUUCUGGAAGAACGUCCAGAGAGCUCUACAGGCAGAGGGCGCUGUCGCUGAACCAGUACUGGCAGCACGCUGCCGACUGCGCAGCGUCCAGUUGCCAUUUUCAAAUGAACUUCCACAAGGAUCAAUGGACUCAAUGAGACAAAUUAGGUUUUUUAAUGUGAGCUACAACAGGCUAAAAAAGAUCCCACAUGACAUCAGGAGCCUCUCCUCCCUUGAGAUCUUGAUUAUAAAUGAUAAUAUUAUUUCUCACUUAGGCUGUGAGGAUUUUCUGAACAACACACAUCUUACAGAACUACACCUAAAUGGCAAUAGGAUUGCCAAGCUGCAGAGAUGCGUCAUGGAAAGUCUUACCAACCUAAAGUUUUUAAAUUUGAGCGGAAAUUUGCUCGUGACGUUCAGAGCCUCCACCAAUGUUGGCCUGCAGAAGCUUGAGAUCUUGGAUUUAAGUCUGAACUUUAUAAAAUGUCUUAAUAAUUAUGAUUUCCAAGGCUUACGGUCCUUGAAACAUUUGAAUCUGACAUCGUACUUUAGGGAAAAUCUAAAAUAUUAUACAUUUUUGGGUCUAAAAAGCCUAAAAUCGUUUUCUGGAUCAAUUGAACUAUAUUCAAUAAAUUUGAGAACUUUGCCACAGUUGGAAAAGAUUCAAGUUAACUUCAAUUACAACGAACCUUUCAGAACUCCUCAUUUAAAUCCCUAUGAAGACUCCAUCGAGAUAAAAUCAUUAAAAAGUGUCUUGAUGACCUGCAGGUCUGAUCACAAGGGUCUGUUCUACUUCCUGACAAAAGGAGUCUUCCGAAACAUGAAACAUCUGGAAUAUUUUAAGGCUGAGAAUAUUUAUUUGAGUGCUCCAUAUUCAGACACGUUUAAGUUCAAUCAGAAGCUGAGGAGUCUGAUAUUUACCAAGACAGAUUUGUCAGAGAUACAGCCUGAACUGUUUCUUCCAAUCCCAAACCUGGAGAGUCUCGAUCUCUCCGAGUCUCAGCUGAAGUCUUUGGAUUUCCUAGUACAGGCUAAUCUUUCUGCUCUUAGAUAUCUGAAACUGACCGGCAAUGAGUUGAGUGUGAUUAACACAACAGUUUUUCAGUCUCUACACUCUCUAACGUUCUUGGACCUGGACAAGAAUCCAUUCACCUGCGACUGCUCAAAUGCAGAUUUUAUCCAGUGGGUAAAGAGCAACACGCAGACCCAGGUGGUAAACGCUGAUCAGUACGUAUGCUCCUUUCCUGUGUCCAGACGGGGGACCUUGCUGCUGGAUUUUAAUUUCCAGCCCUGUUUGGAUGAUGGCGGGUUUCUCUGCUUUGUUUCCAGCUCUUGUCUGGUUGUUCUGACUCUCCUCUCAUCCUUCAUCUACCACUUCCUGAGGUGGCAUCUCACCUACACCUUCCACCUCCUCCUGGCUUUCCUCUAUAACAGCAGGAAGGGGAGGAGAAGAGACCUUCACCAGUUUGAUGCCUUUGUGUCGUAUAACGUCCAUGAUGAGGGCUGGGUUCACAGAGAGAUGCUUCCUGUACUGGAGGGACAGCAGGGCUGGAGACUCUGCCUGCACCACAGAGACUUCCAACCAGGUAAAGCCAUCAUAGAGAACAUCACUGAUGCCAUCUAUGGCAGCAGAAAAACCAUCUGUGUGAUCAGCCGCAGCUACCUGCAGAGUGAGUGGUGCUCCAGAGAGAUCCAGAUGGCCAGCUUUCGCCUGUUUGAUGAGAAGAAAGAUGUUCUGAUUCUGCUGUUUCUGGAGGACAUUCCUGCUCAUCAUCUGUCUCCGUAUUACCGCAUGAGGAAGCUGGUGAAGAAACGCACCUACCUGAGCUGGCCUCAGGCUGCACAACAUCCAGCAGUUUUCUGGCAGAACGUCCAGAGAGCUCUGCAGGCAGGGGGCGAUCUCGCUGAAAGCACCAACCUGCUGACCGGACCGGCAGGACGAUGAGAGGCGUCACAGAUCUCUAAGAAACAAAAGAUAAAUGAGGAAAACAUCUGCAUCUUGAUCUGUAAAACCAUCACACUAAUUUCUUUUUAUAAUAAUUUCAAUGCUUAAUGAAACUGAACAUCUCUCCAUGAACUAUUAUUUCUUUUAAAAUACGAUAAAACGCUGAACAUGCCUACUGUCAGUAUAUCAGUGAGUUGCAUUCAUUCACAAACUCCUCUGGAUGAAACAAAAGUACAAACAGAAGAAAACUGAUGUGUUUCUAUUAUUAAUUUGAUUUUUUAGUGAUGUGAAUCUUUACUAUAAAACAUUUGAGCUGCACUUAGUCGUGUCUACUUCUUUGACUUCUAGUCUUUAAGUCAAAUACAUUUAGCCAGUUUUAUAUUUUGAACCUAAAUGUGAGUUUGUGAAAGAAAAACCUACAGCAGGAAGUUGUGUUAACUUUUUAUUAAUUUUGUAAAACCUCAAAAAGUUUAAUAAACUGGAGUUUUUAGGUUAGCACUUAAAAAAACUGAAACAAGAAACAGACAGGCGUGGGAACUGUUUCCCAGAAUGCUUAGUGACAUUUUUGUAUCCUGACAUGGAAGUACGUUACAAUGAUCUGGCUCUUGAGUGUUUUUUAUUUUAAU